AUGUCAACGGCGGCUCCAAACGCUAGCAACGCUACCUCGUCCGGCGGCUAUAUUCCGCCGCCACCAUCAUGGUCAUUCUUUCCCGUCUUUAACCUCGUCACGUUCCUUCUGGUCAUCUUCCUCAACUCCGGCGUUCUCGUGGUCUUCAUCAGGGACAAGCAGUUGCGCACUCCCUUCGCCAUGUAUCUGAUGAAUCUGCUGUGCGCCAACAUCGUUAUCGCCAUCCUACAGAAUCCGCUGGACAUUGUCACGAGCUACGCUAACAUCUGGUAUCCCGGUCAAAAGGCCUGUACGGUGUAUUUAUACGCGAGUUAUGCCAUCAGCGGCGGGAUUAUGAUCUCGCAUGUUCUGAUUACGACGAAUCGGAUCUGGGCAAUUUGUUUCCCGUUUUCGUAUAAGCAUUUUCACACCAAGAAACUCGCUAUGGGAGUAUGCGUGGGAAUGUGGUGUUAUGUCCACAUUCUCAUCUUGCCAGGGCUAAUCAUGGAUGGACUGUACUACCGCCCGCCACUGGACAUCAUGGGGUGCAGCAUCAAUCUCGGAACGCAAAAAGAAUGGUCGGAAGCUGUCCACUGGCUGAUCUACAACCUGGCCGAGAUUAUCGUCGUCUUCGCGUACCCCGUCAUCUGCUUCUACCGUAUUCGGUCCCGCAAGAUAGUAAAGGUCACCACCGGUAACUCCGUCCCGGCUAACUCCAAUCCAGCCGACACCAACAGCGCCGAGGCCUCCAACAUCUCUAAUAAACCUUCGCAGUUUGCCGGGGAGAAGAAGAAAGAGCGCUCCUAUGCGUUCAUGGUGCUGACGCUGAUGACCUGCAGUGUGGCGGUGUUCUGGACGCCCAUCAUGGUCUUCUAUGGGCUUGCGCCGUACGGCUACUUUAAUUACACUUUCUACCAGGUGGCUCGAGCGGUGUAUUCGUGGGAGUGUGUUCUUGACCCGAUUCUUUUUGCCGUCGCCAUGAAGGAUAUCUGGAAGUCCGCGCGACGGAUGACUGGUUGGUAAAAACCGCAACAUCCGCUCAGAACUACAGAGUACAUACUCCAACGAUGCAUACGAUUCA